UAAAGAAAAUUUAUUCUGCUAAAACUAUAUAUUUUUUGCGAAAAGUCGCACCCCACUUUUUUUUCCUCUUUGCUAAUGCUCUUUCGCUCAUUAUUUUAUUUUAUUUCGCCAUUAUUAGAUAUACAUGUUUCCCUUGACCACUUGAAUAUUAACAUUAUUUUCGCUAUGGUCAAUAUUAACUGUCGUUCAUUCGCGCGUCAUACAGUGGCCAUUUUUUGCGGCCUCUUCAUCGCCUUAAUAAUUAUCACUCCUGUAGCCCUCCUGAGAUCUCUUGUGUUCAAACCAUCCUUCUCGACAAGCACACUCAUUCCUCACGACCAGCUGAUUCCUGCACCAGGUACUGGCGACACUUACUAUCUUUCGUGGCAGGAGCCGUUCAACUACGAGGCCGCUGUCUAUGCGUCCACCCAAAAGAUAAUCUCCCAACAAAAUCAGGCCCAGUUCUUCAACAACUCGCAGCUGCUGUGGCGCAUCGACUCACAGAAUCUCGAGAACAGGUACCCCACUCUCCGCAGCCGCGUCAGCGUCAAUAUCCCCACGAGUGUGCGCACUGACAGGUCGCGGUCGCACGCACUGUACGUGCAUAUUUUUGCGCAGCAGGCCGGUAAACUCGCCGAGCAGCCUGAUUUGGCCGACUCUUACAUGGUCCACUCGGUCUCGGAGCUCGUCAGCUGGAAGUCGCAGCUCUCUACCAAUAUGCCUUCGCUAACCACUAUCCAGGUAGUCUCAACAGGCAGCAGCCAGUUGGUGGCGACGCCGAGUGUGUCGUGGGCAAUGUCGGUUGAAAACCACGGUUAUACUAACGACAACAUGCCCAUCCAUAUUUCUAAGGAGCUCGCGCUUCCCAGCUCCCAGGCUUUGGCUCAGCAGAAGCGGUAUAACCCGUCGAUGCUUGUGAACGGCUUUACCAAGAACGUCCCUAAGCAGACCAAGGUCCCCACAGCUGCUGCAUCUGUUGGUAAGAAAUCUGCACCGGUGUACGCGUCGGCUAUUGAGGUUGAUCUCGAGCUGCGCGGCCUCAAGCAAGGGUGGAUAUCUGCAAAAUACGAGCUGAUCAAGAUAUUUGACCCUGAGUACAUCAACAGUCGUUCAUCCGGUUCUCGCGACAGGCGCCCUAGCUCGGACAACGAUAAGAGCGGCAAAGUCAUCCGGACAAUUCUGCUCGCGCUGUCCGCCAUGCUGUACGACUACCUUACUAAGCUCGGUGUUCCUGCGCUUCUGUUUAUAAUUGCCUGCGCUGUGCUCAUCGUCGUUCUGGUGGCGCUGGGCGGAAUGAUGCUCAUGCUAUACUGGCUCUCGCCCAGAACUAGAUGGAUUGGGUACUCGCGCGCGACAUUUGGCAUUUCGUUCCUUGCUCAGCUCUUUGAAACUAUAAGUUUUGCCGCAACAAAGGGAUCCGUGAGCUCCGUAAUCAACCCGGUUUUGUUCAUACAACUGUACCUGCUUCUGCUCCUCACUGGUACGCCGAUCAACCCCAUGACAUGGUACCAGGCGCUGCGCCAGGGCCUGUUUAUGCCACAGAGCGAUGAAUCGGAGAACGGCGGCGCUUACGAAAUGGUCGACAUAUCCGAGGAUGACCAUACGAACUCGGCAAAGGCGCAGCGCAUUGAGCAUAUUAUUUCUGUGCGCAAGGAGAUUGACCAGCUUGGUCUACGCUGGAUGCGCCUUCUGAUUGGCCCCCUGUUCAUUGUUGUCGUCGUAUACUGCUUGAUCGUGUCGCGCGAAUCUUUGAGCAUACUUAGACAUAUCAUGUUGACCUUUGCCACUGUGUUGCAGUGGCUGAUGUGGUUGCCACAGAUCCUGAUCAAUCACAAGACUCGCUCCGGGUCACAUAUCCCUGUGGGCGCCAAUGCGUGUGAGAUUGGUAUCAUUUUUUUUGCCGCUGUGAUUAUCAAUAUUUCCGGAUUCCAGCUUCCGUCUGUGUUGACUUCAAGUGAAUUUCCGACACAGAUAUGCAAUGCUGUGCUUGUUGCGCAGUGGAUCAUGUAUUGUCUGCGCAAGUAGGUCAAAAAUUAGGAUUGUUUUUACUUUUUUUACAAUAUUUAACGAACCUAAUUUUAUUGAAAAUUCA